AUGUUGAAAACUUCGGGACUUAGAGAAAAAACGAGGGGGGAAGUCAACCUCAGAUCCGGAUCUAGGGUUCACACGCGGAUCGAGGCAGGGCCGGAUCGGGUCGCCGGAGUUGGUGCCAGAGAGGAGGGAGAUGGCCGGAGAUGGGGCGAUGGAGGAGGGGCGCCAGCGACGGGGAAGGGCAGAUCUGGGCGUGGGGCGCCGGAUCUGCCGGUUUCCGGGGCCGACGGGGCAUCGGCGCAGCGAAGCUUCACGGGCGGGGCGCCCAUCAUUGGCGGCGGCGGCGGGGGGGUUCCCUGCAGGGGCGGCAGAGAGGGAGGUGGUGAGGGGGCGAGGGGAGAAGCGAAGGAGAGGGCGUCGAGGGACCUGGUCCGGGCGGAGGCACGGGUCGACGAGAAGGGCUCUCCGGCGAAGCUCCUCGCUGGCGGCUGCCGAAGACCGAGGCGGCGCGGGGCUCCAGCGGGAGGAGGCGGACGAGCGGGAGCCAGGCGAUGGGCGGCGGCGCGCGGGAGGCUCGACCCGGGCCCAGAUGGGCUCGGCGGGCCUCGCGCGGGCCUGGGCGGGCCUGCGGCGGCGGAUGGGGCGCUGGAGGGGGAGGCGCGGGACAGGUGGCACGCUUGGAGUGGCCAGGGUGACGGCUGGGUGGCGGCGCGCCUGUGGGGAGAGUCGCCAAGUGUCGCGCAGGGGCUGGAGGGGUGCGGAAAUGGAGGGGAGCGGCGGUUGGCGGGUGCGGGGAUCCCGAGGGGGAGGCUAGAGUUUAGUUCCUUGUACCACCUCACCGAGCAAAUUGACGGCUCCGCCGACGACGCGGUCAUGAAGGCCGACACAGAGUGGUCUGCCAUUGCGGCCACGCUCAUCCGACGGUUCUAUGUUACCAUCUUGAAGGACAUCUUCCACACGGUCAUCUCCAAGGAAGAUGAUGCUUGCACCGUGUAG